AUGCAACAUGUUGCACAAAUUUGGCCCGACUAUUCCACGCCAACACGCGCGCCCGUCCGCACACACCGCGUUCUCACAAUCGCCCUCUAUCUCUCUCUGUCCAGCUGUCAAUUUGCACUCCUGCAGCGCAAUUGCCUCACCGCUGCUCAAGACUGCGACCCUACCCUCUACCCCAAGAGUCUGGUAGAUGCGCCUGCGCUUGCGCCUAUCCAUCCGAUAGCGUCAGCUCCCCCUUUAUGCUCGUGUUCGCUCCAUCUUCCCUCCGACAUUCACAAAAUGGUGCUACCGCACUCGAUUGAGCCUUUUUCGGUUGCCAGUCUUACCGAGCAGUCAUCCCCGGGCCUGUUCUAUUGA